AUGGCGCAACAUUUGUUUAUUUCGUCUGAUUCCAAUUAUGAUAUUGAUAUCAAACGAGAAGAUUUAAGUGAUUUAGUAUUGAUUGACAGGAAGGAGAAUGAACAAGAAGUAGCGAUAAAAUAUAUUAUUCGUAAAAAUACGCCGCAAGCGAAAAAAGAUUUUGAUCGAGAGAUAUUGAAAAAUCUCGAAACUCUUAAUCAAAGUUCAACUUAUCAGGACGGUGGUGAUAUUUUAACAGAAUUGUCUACCAAUGAUGAACAUCUUAGCCAAACAAUUACAGAAUUAUCCGAUAUUGAUGAACCUAGUGAAAAAAUUACUGACGAGUCUGUACAAAAUUAUAUUGAAGAUGACUGUAAUGAUUGUCAAAUUACAAAUCCAACAACAGUAACCUUGGAACGAUCUGUCAAUUUUGAUACGUUUUCACAACCUAUUAAAGAAGCCUAUGAACUUUUCGAAGAAAUCAAGUUAUCAAACAAAAAUGCGCAGCUUAACACAAGAAUUUGUGGAGUAUUAGUUGAAUAUAUUAAUUUAGCUAAAUGUAAUUUGGAAAAUCUUCAAGACAACAAAAGUUACCAUGCUGCUUUCGCAACAUUAGACAAUUAUAAACUCUUUCAGAUAUUUCUCCAAAACAUUAGAAAAAUCAAUAGCUUUAUUAAAAAGAUUUUUAAUAUUAGAGGAUUAAGGAAUUAUAUUCAAAAGACUAAUUCUGGACUCUCAUUAAGAUCAAUAAAAGUUGAAUUUGAGCGAUUAUUUGAUGAAUUUAAUAAAUCAAUGUUAUCUAUCAAGUUUAAAACUUAUCCCAAUGACCAAGUUAACAAUUUACUUAAUGAUGAUAUCGAAGAGACAACAAAAAUUAUUUAUGCUCUUCAAUGCAACUUCAAAAAUGAUCAUAAAGCUAUGUUUAAAGCUAUUGAAAGGACAAGUACACGACUUGCCACUAAACCGAAACUCUCUACUGUUGAGCUUCUUAAUUAUUCAAUUCAAAAAGUGGACGGUCUUGACACUUCGAGGUUAAAAUACAACACAGAUUUACGUAUGCAUGUGGCACUUUUAAAAAAUUUAGAAGACUUCACAAACGUUAACAUUAUUAAGUUUUAUGGGAUAUUACAAGAUGAAUCAUCCUCUGGCUCAAUAUAUUUAAUUAUAGAAAAAGCAGAUCAUGGUAGCUUAAAAGAAUAUUACACCAAAUACAAACCUUUAGAUUUUUUAACCAAAUCAAAAUUUGCAUUAGAAAUAUGUACUGGAUUAGUCUUUUUAAAUGCUGUAAAUUUUUUACAUCAUGAUAUCAGAUCUGAAAAUAUUCUGAUUACAAAUGGCCUUACUGCUAAGAUUGCAAACUUUAAACAUAGCCGAUCAAAUUCAGAUAAUUCAGGUAAUCUUGGAACUGAUAAAGCCAGAAUUAAAAGCAUGGCUCCAGAAAUGUUAAAACGCAAACAUUCCACAAAAUGCAAGUAUGGUUUUAAAAGUGGAAAUAAGCAGAAAGCACUAGAAUAUAUUGACAAAUUUGCUGAAAUAAAUGAUUUUAAAGCCAUUUAUUAUAAAGGUUAUUUUAUGCAACAAAAACUUUUUAGCAAGCAUAAAUUGUCUAAAUCUGAAUACAAAAGAAUUCAAAAAGAAGUUGCCCGUCUUUUUGAGCUCGCUUCAGAUGCAAAUAUUACGGACGCACAUACCAAAUAUGGAGAUUGUCUUUUUAAUGGUUAUGGAGUCCAGAAAAACCAAGCACGUGCCAUAGAACUUUAUACAAAGGCUGCUAAUGAUGGUAAUGGUAAUGUAAAGUCUUACGCACAGUUUUGUUUAGGAACUAUAUAUUACAAAGGUUUGGCAGGGACAGAAGACAAAGAAGAAGGAGUGCAUUAUUUAAGGCUUGCUGCUUUGGGAAAUUAUCAAAGUGCUAUUGAAGCCUUUGAAGAAUAUCCUGGCCGUGAUAAAAACGAGGUGUUAGUCAUGUGGCUUAAUACUCUCAUUAAAGCCUACGAUUUUCGGGUCAUUAAUUCUGGAUAA